CGGUUUCGUCUAACGCAAAUCCACAACUGGGCUGUAUGCGUGUGUGUGUGUGUGUUUGUGCAUUUGCCAAAUAAGCAUUUCGUACCCAUACACAGAGACAAAAUGUAAGGCAGCAGCAGCAGCAGCCGUACGGUAUGGAAUGUGUACCGUUUGUUGCGAAUAUCCUCGACAUUCAAGUGAUGUGUUUUGCGUCGAUAUUACACGCCGGUCGGUGUUUUCCGCAAUAACAUUGUUUAUUCCUCUCAGUUAUCGUUUUGUGUUCAUUCCCAUUGGAUUCGUUGUGUUAUUUUUUUUCCCUAGUUUUCUUGUCGGUUUUUUUACUUUGAAACAACACACACUGUGUGUAUUUUAUAUCGUUGGCUGUGUGUACUUUCCUUUCAGCUAGAUAAUCUACAGUAAAUUAACAUAAAUUUAAAAAGUACAGAAGAGAGGCAAUAUUAACCAACUAAUUUCGUAACAAUGGAAGUGUGCUGCUUGAAAAUGGCAUCCAGAUGCAGGCCAAUGAGAGCUGUGAUAGCCGAUGUACCCAAGAUACCAACAGUCAGCACAUCUCACGAUUGUGGCUCGUUGUCACGCGUGGUCAUGGUUCGUAAAACGGACCAUCGAAUGAUUAACCAUAAAAAACCGGAAGCGGAUCCGCAAUGUGAAUUCUUAACAUUUGAAACGAUACAAACGUACCGUGGCCAUAAGCCGGAUCGAACGAUUGUGAUGAAGGAAAAGCAUGAUAUGUGCGAAUCAGAAGCACAACGGUCACCAUGUGCACAACGAUUUCUUCGAUCAAAUGCGAAUAGUGCAUCGGAAACACCAAAUGGUCAUUUAUCAUCGUCGGAAAAGGAAAAUGAAGAACAAAAGAGCAGCAACGAAACGGAUAAGGGAAAGCUGAAGAAACAAACGAAUGCCGAUAUUGAAGCAGCCAAGAAACGUGUUACAAUACUAAAAAAUUCACUAACGCCACCGGUUUCAUCGUCAAGCACACCGCAACGUGUCCGUCGUUCACAAUCGCUUAGCUCAACGCGAUCGACGACGUUCAGCGAAUUUGAAAAAUCCUGUCUCAAAGCACACAAUGAAUACCGCGCCAAGCAUGCUGUGCCACCGUUAAAACUAAGCAAACGCCUGUGUCGCUUUUCCGAGGAAUGGGCAAAGAUUCUAGCAUCAAGAGGAACACCGGUGCAUCGAAAUAAUUCACCCUAUGGCGAGAAUAUAUUUUGUUCAUGGAGUUCGAUUCCGAAUAUGGUGGUCAAAGGAUGGGAACCGGUCGAGCAUUGGUACAGUGAAAAUGUGAAUCAUUCUUAUGGCAAAGAGCCAUCCACAUUGAAAACCGGCCAUUUUACACAAGUUGUGUGGCGAGAUAGUCGUGAGCUUGGUGUUGGCAUGGCCAAAAAUCGAACCGGUCAAAUUUUCAUUGUUGCCAAUUACGAUCCUCCAGGCAAUUUCAUUGGUAGCUUUACCGAAAAUGUACCACCAAUUGGCGGUUUCGAUGAAACACAACUGGAAAAUGUCAAACGAUCAUCGGUUUCAUUCGAAUCGUUUCUUGAUCCAGACAAAGAGGAUGACUUGAACUUGGAAAUAUUCAUCAAAGCCGUUCUGCGAUAUCACAAUGAAUACCGGCGCAAACAUAACGUUCCCGAGCUCAAGUUAAACAAAAAAUUGUGCACCAUAUCGCAAGAAUGGGCCGAUACAUUGGCGGCUGAAGAUCGAUUUGCGCAUCGGCCAAAUUCAAAUUAUGGCGAAAACAUCUACUGUCUCUGGUCAUCGGAUCGAAAUGCAAAGGCCAACCCAAGAGAAGUGUGUCGUUCGUGGUACGAAGAAAUCAAAGAGCACGACUUUGCUGUCGAACCGAAGGGCAUCUUUAAAGCCGGUCACUUUACGCAAUUAAUAUGGAAAUCAUCACAGGACUUGGGCGUUGGUGUGAGCAAAACGAAAAAAGGCAAAGUACUGGUCGUAUGCAAUUACAAUCCACGCGGUAACAUUGCCGGCCAAUUCAGCACAAAUGUGCUAAAAGCACGUUAACAUUCAGGCAUUGUCACUCAAAACACUGUAUUUCAUUUCACUUUUACACAAUUCAAUCGAAGUAUUUUCAAAAUAUUCCGUCAAUUUCAUCAACAAUUAGGAUCGAAAUGGUUUUGCCGUGAAGAAAAAAGUGAAACACACACUGUACGUGUGUAGAACAUUCUGUUUUUUUUUUUUUUUGUUCAGUAUUUCGACAAAUGAGUCGGUGCUUACGUCGAAGUUUUUAAUUAAAAUACCAUUGAAUCAAAUUAAAAUGCAAAUGAGAAAUUCAAAAAGCCCAAGAGUGAAAUGUACGCAAUAAGAAGUGAAUUGUUUUUUUUUUCAAAUAUGUACCUGUGUAUAUGAAGUAUGUAUGCGUGAACACAUACAUAUAUAGUUAGGCAUGUGUUUAUUUGUUCUUAAGUUACCAACUAAAGAACAACAGUUGCGUGUGUGCUGUUAAUCAUUAGAUGUAUGUCAUAAGGAUAUCAGUUGAGAAAUUCAGUUGCAGUCACCAGCAAUGAGUGAAAUUAGUAAUUAGAAUAAAAAUGAAAAAAAAAAUCGGAACCCAACAUAAGAAAACGAAUAAGAUUGAGAUUGCCUUCAAUUUAGUAUGUAAAAUUGCGUAAGAAUCGUAGAAACAUUGUUACCGAAAAGCCUUGGAUCCAAUUUAAAUGCAUAAUCAACCAAAGUUUGGAACAUCCAGCCAUUUUACCAAUUUUUUCUACUUCUUUUUUAAAUUACACACACACACACACACCAUCACUUUCCCGAUCUUAUUUUUGUUGUUGCUAGAAUUAAUAAAAACCAAACAAACAACUAUUUAAUUUACGCACAUACACAAUCACACACAAUGCAAACCGAAUUUUAUCAAUCUUUCAAUUGAGUCAUAUAUUUAAUAUACACCCUAGUGUAUCAAUAUUCAGUAAGAACAUUCAAAGUUAUGAGAUAGAAUUCAAUAGCAAUUUAAUAUUUAAGUCACAUCAAAACAGUAUUCAUAAAAUUAUGAGAGAGGAAAUGGUCGAUUUCUUUGAUUGUUUUUUGCUUGAAAACACAAAACACCAAAUCAAUAUAAAUGAUAUGAAUUCAUUUAAUCUAGUCCAAAACACACAAGUAUACAAAUAUGUAUAUCCAUUCGGAUGAUCAAGUAGCAUCCGAAGUUGCGCAAGAUAGUUAUAAUCAACACAUUACUAUAAAUCAUAUUCAAUUGUUUUCUUUUUCACAAUUAUUGCAAUGAAUAAAGAACCCGGAACAGUCAAAAUA